UUGGAAUAGAGAUCUUUUCAAAAGAAGUAAUUAAUCAUUUCACUUGGUGGAUUUUUCCGGGAGUUUCACUGUUUUGUCGUUGACGCAAACGGUUUUUUUUACAACGCUGUUAUGGCAAAGACAACUAGACUGGACGUUUUGUGGCGAUUUUUAAAACGAAUGACAGACUGAAGAAUUUCCAUGAUACCAGCACUAUGAAAAUUGCUGACAACUUCCCGCCAUUAAAAAGUCCUGUAGAGACAGUUGACGCCGAAAACAGGACUCACCAUUUACAAUGGGCUUUCAUUCUCGCAGUUGUUGGAGGUGGGUUGCUGUUCAGCAUUGUCGUUGUUUUCUUCGUUUGGCGAACGCGUGCCCGGUGUAAAAAUUGCCCCAAUGAGAACAACAACCUGCCCGAGAGGACAAUAUCACGCGUGUCUUUCAAAAUCCCACAGCCUAAAAUUGAACCGAUCCUCAUUCCCACGCAGUCACGAUAUCCACAGAAAGAAAAUGACGAGUUUGAACCACUCCUGGAUCCUGAGAUUUACAGAGAAGAAGUCACGGAGGAAGGAUCCCCAUUCCAGGGCUCAGCUAGACUCUCUUUCUCUUUAUGUUACGACAAAUUCAGCGAGGAGCUCAAAGUCUGCCUCAUUCGAGCCACUCGUCUGACACCAAUCGGAGAAAACGUCACGGUUACACCAUAUGUAAAGAUAUUUCUUCUUCCAGACAAGAAGCGAAAGGCCCAGUCAAGAGUGUUGCGCAGGACAUCCAACCCACAGUUCCAUGAAGAUUUUGUGUUUAUGGUUUCACCUGUAGAUUUACCAAACAGAACUCUGGAGUUUACAGUUUGUGAAUUCGAUCGAUUUUCCCGCCAGCAGGUUAUCGGUCACGUGAGAUAUCCUUUAAGAGGUGUGAAUGACUUGAACUCAGUACAAGGGACGGGAGAGAUCUGGGUUGAUAUCAACAACGAGGAUCUGAAGAGUGGAGUGGAUAAAGGAGAACUUUUAUUUUCUCUGCAGUUUUUACCUACCUCGUGUAGACUUACAGUAGCUGUGCUCAAAGCUAAAGAGUUGAAAUUAAACGGAGAAGACACAGAUUUGGAUCCGUAUGUCCAAGUGUCUAUGAUAAUGGGAGGAAAAUCUGUGAAAAAACGCAAAACAAUCGUUAAGAAGAGAACUGUGUUUCCGAUUUACAACGAAGCAUUUGUUUUCUCCAUUCUCCCGUCUUGCCUCGAUCGUGUGAGCUUCAUGUUAUCGGUUUACACCGUACCGAGGCUUGGAGGAUCCAAGAAGCUAAUUGGCCGAGCAGUUGUGGGGCCGUACAUGUAUUCAACUGGUCAAGGGCUGUCUCACUGGAAUGACAUGAUCGCUUCACCUCGAAACCCGGUAGCACAAUGGCAUACGCUCAUAUGAGAUGUAUAUAAAUGAAUACUCAUCAUCUUUUUGUGCGCAAGCGUGCGCGAAUUCAGAAUGAACUCAGUGUUUUAGAGUAAACAGGUUUUAGACUGCAAAUAUAUGACCGAAGCACAGUCUUGAUAUUUAUUCAGUACUGGAAAUAGUCUCUUCCAAUUUCAAUAAAUUUUGUAAAAAAGUCAAAGGGAUUAAAGCGGCAAACUUACCAACGAAAAGAACAGGAAAGAAUUGAAAAAAGAAAAAAUGAAUAAAAAUGUUCGCCAGAAGGUGGUCUUUCCUCUUGUCCUACAGUGUUGUUUCCCUUGAAAGUGCAAAGAACAGGUUCAGAUUUUGAUAAGUCAUUCUUGGUAUAUUUUCAGCUUUAAAAUCGCAAGGUGAAAUAAAAUAUGAGAACACUUUGAAAAGAUUUAAAUAUUAAAGUCGAAACGCAUGUUUACGCUAAACAUUUUUAAAUAGAAACAUCUUAAUACUCUUACUGGGCAAUUUAAUUUGUAGAGAUUUCCUCUGUAAAUUUUUCAGAUACGUUGUACAUACUCAAGGUGAUGUGUUCAACAAGCACAUUAAAAUGUUUUCGUUAAAGUUUUCGGGGAUCAGUUUGGUCGUAUUUUCUGGACAAUUUUAGAUACUACAAUUUUAAAUGGCACCCAGAUUUUCCGCUCAAAUCCCUGAAAAAAGUCUUAGGAUAUACAAUUUUAUGACCGUCAACUGGUUGUGUAAUUUCACCAUGAGAAAACUCUUCAGUACGAAUUGUUUCAUUAUUGAUGUAAAUUAAAUAGAUGAUAUAUUCUACAAUGAUACACUUAAUUUAUUUGUAUUUAAGGGA